AGUCGCCAUUUUGGCUCAAGCUUCUUCUGCGGGCCGCCCGCUGGCCGGACAGCUCACGGGCACCGACUGGCGAGCGCGGCAGCCCGACCCUCGUCGCUGCCAUGGCGCCCGCCUGCUUGGCGGCGCUCGCGCCACUUGCUCUCGCGCCGGCCGCCAGCGCUUUUCCGUCCUUCCGCACGAGGGUGCCGAUGGGCACCCGGGUGCCUUGCCCGCCAGGAGCCGAGGGCUGCUCGGAGGGCUCUGCCAGGCUGGGCGAGCCCGCAUCAGUCUGCCGCGGGCUGGGCCACACCAGCUGUGCGGGUGGCACGCCGACACUUAACCCCUUCGGCAAGGCGCUGCGUGCUGCCGACUUCCAGUGGACGACCGCGCUCUGGCGCUCUGCCAGGCGGACAGCGACGGCGACGGCCAGACCAACGGCCAGGAGCUCGGCGACCCGUGCCGCUUGUGGUUCACCGGCGCGCCAGACUCAGCGUACAUGGCGGGCUUCAGCCCUUCGCACCCUGGGGACGCGGCCAGCAACCAGGGAGCGGGGUAUGGGUCCCCAGAGUGCGACGCAGGCGUUGCUCCCGCCUGGCCAGUCGAUCAGAUGGCCGCGUUCAACCAUGGCGAGGAGCAGCGACGGGUGGACUUCAUCAUCAAGAACUACACGACCCCAUCUGAGAGGACCACCUACGUGGACUUCGUUUUAACUUCCGCGAUACGGAUCACUCGGUCUACCACAUCGUCUUCGGCGAAGCUCUGGUGGACCAGCCGAGGCACCUGCACCACUACGUCGUCACGGGUUGCCCAUCGGCGAGGGCGUCGGGAUCGUGGGCUUCAGGGUGAACGUUCAUUUCACGGACGGAGACCUCUAUCCGGGCGGCGUCUCCCAAGACGGGCUUAGAGUGCACUACGCGCCCGAUCUGCGCAAGGACACAAUCGACACCACCACCCCGAUCAUCAUCUCACGCAACCCCAGCAUGGUCAUUCCACCAGGCCUGAACCGCUGGUUUGUCACCCGCACCUGCCAGGUUUUGGAUGUCUGCGAAGACGUGGCCGACGAGCUUGCGAUGGAAAUGACGGGCGGCCAGACGUGCAGCACGAUUUCGUCGUUCGGCCUGGCGGCUUGCAACGUCGAAUACAUCCAGCGUUAUUGUCCGGUCACCUGUGGUAUCACCUCCAAGUGCCUAGCUAUACAGAAGGGUGGUGCCCUCCCCCUGGUAAGCGUCAGUUUCCACGGGCAUCUCCUGGGAUCCGAGAUGUAUCAGACCCUGACACGCGAGGGGGUGACGUACAACCUGGGCAGCGCGUUCCCCUGGCACUACGACGACCAGGUGACCAACUCGCUGCUGUCUAUGAACCUCAGCGUCCAGGCAGGCGACGUCCUCCAGUCCACCUGCGGCUACCAGUCGGACUCGCGCUCGGAGGGGACCAGCUUCGGACAGGAGACCGUGGACGAGAUGUGCAUCAUCGCCCUCGGGACGCUGCGGAGCUCCACCACCGAUCCGCCCCUCAUGGCGUUCGGCUGCCGGGGCGACGCCUGGACUGGGCAGCUGUCGCCCGGCGAGGACGGCCUCCAGGUCGCGCUGGGGCACCCGGCGUCGGAGGCGACGCUGGUCUGGCGCCCGGGGCCCUACGGCAGCGUCGUCUCCAACCCGUCGCCGCUGCGCUGGGAGCCGGAGCAGGAGACGACGGCGCCCGCCGGGGGGCCCGGGGCGGAGGAUGCGGAAGACCUGGCCUCCGGUGCGGGGCGCGCCUGCGCCGCCACCCCCGCGCUCCUUGCGGGGCUCGUAGCCGGCGCGGCGGUCUGCUAGCUGGUCCGCCGGCCGGGCCGCGUGGGUGUGCGCCCUGCACGAGCUCGGGCGUCCAAAGCUCUCUCUCUCUCUCUCUCGCUCUCUCUCUCUCUCGCUCUCUCUCUCUCUCUCUCUCUCCUCUGCUGCUUUUCCCUCAGAGUUCAUGGCCGAGGCGCGGA